AUAAGGAAAGCGAAAACUCCGCUCGAUGGCGGCGGAAAUAUACACGAAGAAGGGAACAUGGCUACUCACGACGACGAUGACGAAGACGACAUAAACCCUGUCACGAUGAUACUACCAGAUGAUCAAGACGAUACAAAGAGAUUCCAUACAAUACAAGAGGGUGCAUCAGAGCAACAUCUACAGCAGCAUUACGUCCGUUCAAUCGACUCAACGUUGUUGAUCAGGCAGCUUCCUUCCCAAGGCCUCUCCUUCCAGCUCUGGCCCGCGGCUACCACUCUUGUCACUCUACUCGAUCAACACCGCUGUCAGCCUACCAAUAACCCCUUAUCUUCCACCCUGCUCGGUCAUUGCCGCCCUCUCAACAUCCUCGAACUCGGCUCCGGAACCGGUCUCGUCGGGAUCGCUGCCGCGGCCACUCUCGGCGCUAAUGUCACGGUCACCGACCUCCCACACGUCAUCCCGAACCUCCUGUUCAACGCGGAAGCAAACGCCGACGUUUUAACCUCGAACGGAGGGGCCAUACGCGUGGAGCCGUUAAGGUGGGGAGAGGCCGAUGACGUGAAGCUGAUUGGGCGGGAUUUCGAUCUAAUUCUGGCCUCGGAUGUAGUGUACCAUGAUCACUUGUACGACCCGUUGCUCGAAACAAUGCGUCUGUUGCUAUUGGGCAGCGCGGGUACUGAAAACGGAAGAGCAAAGGCGUUCGUGAUGGCCCAUUUGAGGAGGUGGAAGAAGGACUCGGCUUUCUUCAAGAAAGCCAAGAAGCGCUUUCAGGUUGAGGUUCUACACGUGGAUAGUCCAUCCGAGGGAUGUAGGGUUGGAGUGGUUGUUUACCGUUUUGUUGAGAAGCUUAUGAAUUCGAAUUCUGGUAGCUCGGCAAGCAAUUCUUCAUGAUCAAGAAUAUUUCGCUUGUUUGUUUUUCAAGAAAAUCCUCACCUCUGCGUGUCGUCCGCCCCAUAUAUAGAAUUUUCAAGAUUUUUGAGGCAGAAAUAAUUAACGAAUCAUAGAAUGGUGAUACAGUUUUGAACGGGGAGUUGAUCCAAGAGAAUGAAUCUUUCAAAAAUUGGAUCAUAAUACAAUAAGGCAAAAAUUACGCUGAAUAUCACAUUUUCUUAUACACGCAAACAAGACCAUGGGUCCUGAUUAAUACCCUCACAAACAAAGAAACUCAAACCAAAAGUUAACCUCACAUCCACACGAUCGACAAAUUGAUAUAUAGAUGAUCAUCAACCUAAUAAAAGCAAUCUUCAUGAAGGCAGAAAUUGCCAGUUCGGUUUGGUUCGGUCCCGUUGGUGCGCUUGUGGCAAGAGGUGGAGAAAUCACAACCUGUAUCGUCUUCAGUCAUCUCGGGGAUCUCUGUAGCAGUUUUGCACUUCACACCAGGGCCACACUUUUUUACGUCUCUAUGACCAUCUUUGGAGAUGCUGGAAGAAGUGCCUUUAGUACCUGUUUUUACACCUCAAAGCUGUCAAACAAAAAUCGUUAUGUGCUAUGUUUAACUGGAAAACACAUCUCCUUCAAACCACCAUGAUACUGAUUAUCAUCGCUUCCUUCGCGGCGAGCCUUUGGCCACAACUUUCAUAGUCUGGGAGUCUCUAAAGCAAACAAAGUGCACUAGUGUCUUCCCAUUUGGGAAGACAG